CUGUUUAUUCAUCCAGAGGUUUGCCCACAAGCUUGAGUUCAGCGACAAGACGGACGUGGUGUGUGAGACGGCUCUGAGGUUGGUAUCCAGGAUGAAGCGAGACUGGAUUCAUAUGGGAAGGAGACCAUCAGGUUUAUGUGGUGCAGCUCUGCUGGUUGCGGCGAGAAUGCACAAUUUCCACAGGACCCAAAGAGACGUCAUCAAAGUGGUCAAAGUCUGUGAUGCUACUCUCAGAAAAAGGUUAUCUGAAUUUGAAGAGACACCGUCUGGCAAGUUGACCAUCGAUGAGUUUCAUAAGAUUGAUCUAGAGGAAGAGCAAGAUCCGCCGUCAUUCAAAAGAGGAAGAAGAAAUGCUAAACUUGCCCAGUUAGAAGAGCUUAGCAAGAAACAGGUGCUUGAAUUAGAAGGAGAGAUUACAACCAUACAGAAUGAAAUUGAAAGUGCUCUUCAUAAAAAACCAACAGAUGCGGCAUCAUCGUUAGGAAGUAUACCCGAAGAUAACCAGAGCAAUGCCGAUGAUGUUGAACAGGCAGAAAACGUUGAACUUCUGAAACGCUUGGAAGAUGACAGCGUGAGACCUCUGGUGGAAGAGGAAGUUAGGUCGCAUAAACAGUCGCAGGUUGCGAGUGAAAAAACUGAAAAUGGAGACUGUGCAUCGACAUCAAAAAGUGAUGGGAAUAAAGGUGUUGAUACUGGAGGUGGAGGGGAACCAGGAGGGGGAGAAGGUGGAGGUGAAGCAGGAGGGGGAGAUGGUGGAGGUGAAGCACCAGGAGGAGGAGGAGAGGGUAAAGUAGGAGAUGGAGAAAGUGGAGCAGGGGCAGGUGCAGUGGGUGACAGUACUUUAAAAGAGAAAUCCUUACCCACAGACAAUGUUAUCGAUACCCUGCUUGGUGAACCAACUGUAUGGAGCAGUGGAGACAAGGGGCUGAGACCGUCGGCGUUAUCGUUAGGACUGGAAAGCAUCAUCAAAGAGGCUGCCAUUCCAGAAGAAAAAAGUCCUGAGAAUGAUGAUGGAGAGCUGGAUUUGACAGGGAUAAAUGAUAGGGAAAUAGAUGCAUUUAUUCUGAGUGAAAAAGAAGUGACUAUAAAAACCAAUCUUUGGAUGAAGGAGAAUGGAGAAUACAUGAAACAAAUGGAAGAAAAGGAGAAGAGAUUACAAAAAGAGCGAGAAGAACAAGGACUGAAGCCUGAUCAGCCAAAGAAGAAGAGGAAAAGCACAAAGAGGCCCCCCAUCCAGGCCAACACUGCCGGCGAGGCAAUCGAGAAGCUCAUUGUCGAGAAGAAAAUUUCGAGCAAGAUAAACUAUGAUGUCCUGAGAGAUCUCACCCAGCCUAGCCAAGCCAAUAAACCUACCCCACCCUCAAAACCAGCAGAGACCCCACCCCCAGUGAACCUUGGCACCCCGUUCAGGGCGGGAGGAGGUACGGGGCAGGGGGGCCAGUUGAUGAGGGCAGGGAGUCUGGGUGGGGUGAAGCGACUCAGGCCAACCGUUACACCUGCAAGGCCAACUGUCAGAGAUGGACCUGCUCAGAAAGCUGUGAAACUGGAGACCAAAGAAGAGAAAAAUCCAAACCCCUUCACCAUCGCGCAGCCUAAAGCCCCCGAUGACAUAGUGGUAGAGUCCGGCCCCGUACAGUACCAUGCAGAGGAAGGAAUCCACCAUGAUGAUGAAGGGGAGGACGAGUAUUAUGAUGAGGAAGAUGAUGAUCAUCUCCAAAGUGCUGCUCAGUUGAUGGGACAUAGAGGUGAUGAUGAUUAUCAAGAUAACUAUGAUAUGGAUGACCUUGAGUAGUAACUGGGGUAGAGCCUCAGUUUUUGAUAUACCUCUGAUAUCCAGACACAUUUCCAUUGCUGGAUAAGAAAGAAAAAAGAAGAGGGAGGAUGAGGAAAAGGAGUGAAGGAGGAUUUUGAAGAGGAGAAGGGGAAUGAGAAUGAGAGGGAGAAGAAGAAAUCUACAUGGACACCUUGCAUUCUAUGUGAAUUUGAUGUAUUCUAAAAGGAACCUCAACUCACAAAUUUUGUUUCCAAAAAAAUGUUACUUGCUACUGACCAGCAAUAAAAUGGAAAAUGUUUUCAGCCAUGCAUUAGCCUGAACGAUGAGUACUACCACACAAAAACAUUUGUCCUUGGUUUUUUAACCCCCGCUCCAAACCCACGGCAAAAUAUUGUAGAUGUCAAACUCAGGAACUCAAAUACGAUGUAACUUCUUGAAUCGUUUUAUAUGCACUGUAUCAAUUGGCGAGUGACCAAAGAUUAAGGUUAAUUCAUUAGCUUACAAUAGUGAUAAAGAAUGUCUUGAAUAAAACAUCUAAAUAAUAGGACCGUUUAUUACAACAAAUGAAAACCCUUUGAAUUAAAUAAACAAGACUUUGAUGAAGAAUUUUUCUGUUUAAUGUUCAUUCCAUUUGCAUCAACCAAUCUAACUCUUCAAACUGAAAUUCACAUAAUAAAACUACAUAGAAUUUCUCAAUAUACAGAAAAAUCAAAUGACAAUAUUUCAAGAAUAUUCUCCAUAGGAGAGCAAUGAGUGAAUUAACAAAGUAAUCAAGUUUACACUUUGAAAUGGAAUUACAAAAUAGUAUUUGAUGAAUUAUAACUGAAUUUAAUACUUGCAUUGAUAUCUUUCAAAGCAAAAUCUGCAAUUCUCUUCGGGCAAUUAGAAAACCACUGUGAGUUGGGACAGUGACUUAUGUUGGCAAUUUUCCAAAAUAAACAACUAGCAUCAAGCCGAAGUUUAGAAGAAUCCUCCGACAUUCAAUCAGAGUUUUUGUUUUAUUUUGUUUUGUUUUUUGCACAUUUUUUCCUCCAUUAAGCUUGUCUUUUGUUCAUUCUUGCAUUUCCUCUUGAGGAGUGCAAGUUGAAAAAUUUGAGCAUCCCUUUAAUACUUAGCAGCACCACUUAAUGGGGAACAUGACUUUGGAUCAGAAGAUUAAGAUUAAUACGGUACGUAUUUGAGUUCAGGUUUUAUGUUUGGCUUCAUGAGCCAAUUAUUCCUUUGUUUCCUUUGGAGUUCUUAUUGCAGAGCAAAUGUCAAUUGCACAGUUUUAAACUGUCAUUAUGCCUGCCCAAAAUGAAAUAAAGAAUGAAUUCCCGACUCGAAUAUAUAAGAGUACAGUCUAUAAUUAAUGUUUCUUGGGUACUAGUAAUACGAUGGUCUCCAGUUGUGUGCAAAAUGAUUAUGGUUUUUAUUGCUAAUGAAUUAAAUAAUCAUUGGUACAAAUAGUAACAUUUCAAAGGUAAGACCAGAAACAAGAUAUUCAUAUGAAAGAAAUUAUUUUUCAGAAUUUUUCAUUUAUAUUGAUAGAUUAUUUCUUAUUUUAAAAUGUUUUGAUAAAAGUAUAUCAAUAAUCUAAUUUCCUUGUCUUUUUAAAGGCAGUAAAUAUGAAAAGAAUAUUAAGUAUAUGGGUAAAUUAUUCCAGAAUAAUUAUUUUAUGGGCAUUACAAGUAUUACCCUCUCCAGUACCAGACAGUCUAUAAAUUUGAAUGAAUUUUUCCACUCAUAUUUAUUUAUUUUCUUAUUAAAAUGGAGUCAUGUUGUAUCAAAAGCCUACAGGCACAAAGUUAGCUCAAAUGGAAGAAAAUCAAGAAAUCAAUUUCUUUUACUUUUGGUGAAUGAAGACAUUCCAUAUCUUCUAGAAUAAACAAUACGUAUCACCAAAAUUACAUGGGUGAAUAAAUCAAGAGAAAAUAUUCAGCUUAUGAAUGCUAAAGAGGAAUGAAGCAGAUUAAUUUCUGCAUCAUUUAUGACCAUGAACUCGUAAUUUCACUGUAAUAUGUUUUUUGUUCAUAUAUCCACCUUGUGUAAUGUACAAAUGUAUAUUAUGUAAAUGAAAUAGUUGUGGAGUAAUGUAU